GGAGAAGCUUGCUUUUCCGUCAUACCAGAGACAGCUUUAGUGGAAUUUUACAAAUGUUUUGAAUGGUCAUUAGUAACCACAAAGAUUUUUGCUUAAACGUUUUAAAAAGAGGAACAAAAGUCACUUGUUUAUUUUGCUACAGGACCACCGACGGAAGUACCUGAACUAUGGACGCGUCUGACCAAGAGACGAUGAUGCCUCCGAUGAAGGAAUUUUUGUUGACAUUUUUUAUGCCAGAAAAAUGUUAUGACCAGUUUUUCUUUUACUUCAACGUCAUGCACGUACCCUGCCUAAAGAUUGUCCUGAGUAAGACUAUGGGAAUAUUUAUUUUGAUGGGAAUUGUAAUUGCUCCACUUUCUCAGAUCUGGAAAAUUCUUUGUUGUGGAAGUUCAGACGGACUGUGUCUGACCUCGGUUUUUCUGGACCUGUUGGCCAUCUCUACCCAUGCAGCGUUCUGCUACACUCAAAACUUCCCCAUUGGAGCCUGGGGGGAAAGUUUGCUUGCAGUGAUCCAGAUUGCUCUCCUGGCUUUGCUCAUCCAGCACCACAGAGGGAAAACCAUAAAAGGUAUAUUUUUGCUUGUUCUGUUUUAUGGCUUUAUGUUCCUCUUGGCUUCACCUUUCACCCCUGUGUCAGUGGUUUGGACUCUGUAUGAAUGGAAUGUGCUGUUUGUCAUUGCUGGCAGGUUUUUUCAGAUAGUCAGUAACUUCAGAUGUGGACACACGGGACAGUUAUCUACACUUUCUGUUUUCCUGGUGUUUCUCGGCUCUCUAGGACGAGUCUUCAGUUCCCUGCAGGACGCAGGUUUUUCUUUCUCAGCUCAGAUGCAAGCAUUGGCCUGCUGUUGCAGUGGGUUGAUUCUUGCACAGAUCCUGAUGUACUGGAAUAAACGCACAACAAACGGUGAGAAAGAAGCUCAGUUGAAGAAAGACAAGGCUGAAUGAAAGAGGUAAUAGAAACUGCCUGUAUGCAGACUGUCAUAUCGGCUUGAUAAGUGUAAUGUCACGCGUAGCGGCUUCCGGGUCCAAGCGCUCAAAAUGUAUGGGGACACUCAACAAAUGGUAAAAAUAAACGUUUACAAAGCGAUGUAAUACUUUCGAAAAUCCCAAUUGCAAUAUAUACAGUAUAAAUCAAUGCCCAAUAUCAGUUGGCCAGAAAGUGAUUCAUUUUUUAAAAAUAAAUUGUUAAAAUAUUGGUGUCUGAGAUGCCAGUCAGAGACUUUAAUGUGUGAUAUGACGAAAAUAGGGGUAAUAAAUGAGUAUUUUCUCACUUCAAAUGAGUAGACGCUUGGACCCAGAAACAGUAUUUUAUACGUCACCUAUACAUCACGACUUAACAAGCGGAUAGCCCGCUAUAGUACAGUGUGUUUAAGUGCUAGUUCAAAAACUGCUUCUAAAAUCAUUAUUUAGUUUGAGCUCAUGUCUGAUCUCUCAAUUCUGAUGCACAGAGAGACGCAUAAGCAUUAGUUAGACCUUUUGUCAUGCAAAAAUAUCAUGUGUUUGUCAAAAUCAGCUAGUGCAUUAUGAUGUACAGUUCCCAAAGAGAUCACAUUUCACUCCCAACUGAAAAUACUGCCAUUACAUAAGACUUCUGCUUAUUUAAUCAAGAUUUAAAGAUAACAUUUAAUGAAAAUUUCAAGUCUAUUUAACCAAAGUUCUGCUGGUUCAAAACAUUUAAAAAGCGAUCAAACAGUAUCUGUAUGGAAUCCAUAUGUACCAAGUGGUUUAUUACAAAUCUCUGAGGAGACAAUGGCUUUAUUAUGAGCAGAAUUAUUUGUUGUUUUUUUGUUAUUCACACAUAAACACCGACCAGCAAACAGAAGCUCAACUAUACCAGUUUGACACAUGGUAAAAACAUCAUUGGUUGUUGUGGAAGAUGAUUGUCCUGCUUCCUGCUGACAUGCAAGAAUGAAUCUCAUUAGUUCUUGUGCAUCAAGCAUACAAAGCUCAAACUUUUAUGACCCAAUUUAAAACGCAGUAAACACUGGGAGCUGAUAUAUAAAUAAAAACAUACAGGGUAUGAUUUUGUGUUGCUAAUCAAAUGAAUGCUCAUUGUCUACAGAUUAGAAAUAACUUAAUUUUUCCAUGAUUUCAAUUGUUUGCUUAAGCAAUGCACAUUUAAAUUAAGUUGUAGCUACAUAGUUUCAUCUCAGUAGUGAUAUCAGUUUUUUUAUUGGGUUUAUCCUGCAGAAUUUGGUUAUUUAACAUAAAAGGAACAUGCUAUCUAAAUUAUAUUUAUUAGCUUGCAUAUAUGUCAUACAUAAAUGCUGUUUUCAGUGCAGGGAAUGAUUGUCAUGGUUCAGUAAAAAAAACACUGUGUUGUCUAAUUAAUCUCUGUUAGAAUAUUAGAAACAAUGUCCACAAACAAAAAAAGCCCAUUUUAAAAAAUCAGCAACCUAUAAAGAUGCCUUAGCAUUAAAAAGGAAACAUUAGAUGGUCAUAUGACAGGUCAGCCUCAGUGUGGCAGUAGUAAUAAGCUCAAUUCAGCUUGUGAGCAUUGCAAAACUUCACCACUAUGUGGCAGGAGAGUUGUUUUCCACUUUUAUUGACAUAUUAUUGAGUUCUGUAUCCCUGUUAUUACAAGUUUAACAAUAUUUUCUGUCUGUUUGUGACUAUUUGUUCUUUAUUAAUUUGGACCUACACCGCAGUACAUGCAUUUGCAUCCUGAAAAAGAGUUUUUGAAUAAUUGUCUCAUAAAAAAAUACACUUUAUGAUCCUUUAAACUGCACAUUUUGUCUGAAAUAAAAUGUUUCUAAUGACUUAAA